AUGGCCAGCCAACAGAUUUCCUCACUAAAAGCGGUCACGUGCAUCGUGCUGUUGCUUGCGAUAGUGUGCGGCCUGGUCGCAGGCUCCGCCAUGCCGCCAUUGUGCGAGAAUAGACUGAUCGAUGAGCUUCCGCCCAAGUUCCGGAAAGUGUGUGCGGCGCUAGAGAACUCGAACCAAUUCGCGGAAGCGCUGAACGCAUACAUACGGAAGGAGGCAGCUGGUAAUGCCUUUCUUUAUCUAGAUGACGAUAUGCUGGUACCGGGACAGAAUGGCAAACGGACGGAUGUGGAUCACGUGUUUCUGAGGUUCGGCAGAAGACGCUAA